CUGCAUGCGCAUGUUGCUACUGAAGGUUGCAUGCGUACAUGUUCAGUGUCCUCCCCUCCUCCUUUCCUCCUUCCCCUCUACACUGCUGGCAUCCCCCACUCUGCAUCUCUCCAUCAGUGCAGCCGGGGACGUCUGCAUCUAUCACAGCUUCAGCAUCUUCACCAUCCCCUCUCUGCAGCCAGCAUCCUCUCUUCUCUCUGAAACAUCCCUCGCUUCUCUCUCCUUUCUGCAGCAUCUCUCACUCCAUCCACACCAUCUGCAGUGUGAGUCAGCCAGCCAGGCACACCUCUCGUCUCUUUCUCCCCCUCCAUAGAAUCCUUACCCUGGGCUAGUAACUCUGCAGUCUCCCCCUCUUGCCUCCUCUCCCUUUGGCUAAGCAGCUACGCCAGUCCCCCCUCACUCCCUCCUCCACAGCAUCGGCUGUUUGGAGCACCAGACAUACAUACAGGCAGGCUCCAUCUAUCCCCAGCCACGGAGUCCCUUCUCUGGGUAGCUGGGCUCCCGUUCCCCCUCCUGAGGAUGAUGCUGUGGAUGAAGACAGAGGAGAUGGCCCUUGGAACGAUGCUAGAAAGACUCAGACUGGUCAUCCAAAAUGUUGAUGAGAUCAUGCAGCAGGAGAGCAGCCCCCUCUGUGCCAUCGACAUCACCCCUGACCUUAGGAAGAAGUUUGCCUUCCUGUUAGGGGGCCGAGGGCAGAACGGCAGCCCCAUCAUCGUGUUCCCAGAGUUCUCUGCUUUCGGAGAGAUUCAGGAGAGGGAGUUCCACAAUGUGCUCACUUAUUUGACCAACGUCCCCAGUCUGUCUGCAGCAGGAGUGGGUUUCAUUCUGGUCAUUGACCGACGGCAGGACCGAUGGGCUGCCGUCAAGGGGACCCUGCUCCGCAUCGCAGGUUCGUUCCCAGGGAACCUGCAGUUGGUUCUGGUAUUGAGACCCGCCACAUUAUUCCAGAGGACUCUAUCAGACAUCCUGUUCAAGUUCAACAAGGAUGAGUUCAAGAUGAAGGUGCCGGUGAUUAUGUUGAGUUCUGUGACUGAGCUUCACUCCUAUAUACACCAGACACAAUUGACUACUGAGCUGGGAGGAACGCAGGAGUACUGCCACGACAAGUGGAUCUCACACCGUACCGACAUGGAGGGCUUUGCUUUGGUGGUGAAGAGAACAGCUCAGAUCCUGCAGUCGUUUGGGACAGAGCUAGCAGAGACUGAACUACCCAACGAGAUCCAGGCUACUGACAACUUACUGAGAUCACACACUGACAAGAAAGACAAGAUGAAGGAGGAUCUACAGGUGGCUCUAGGACAGGGCAGCAGACUGUUGGAGAGUAUUAAUGAGCCAGUGGUCAGAGAUCCCGAUCACAACAUGAACCAGGACGAACUGGAGAACCUGGCCACCGUACAGAGACUGUUGUCCCAGUUGGAUGAGUCAGAGCGGGCGUGUGAUGAGUUCUGGGGGACACACCAGGCCAAGCUGGAGCAAUGUCUGCAGCUCCGCCACUUUGAACACAACUUCAGAGAGAUGAGAUGUCUGCUGGACCAGGUGGCAGAGAGAUUGACAGCUUUCUCAGAGGUGGGAAUAAACCCUGCCCAUGCUGAUCACAUCUUCCGCGAGCUGAACAGCCACGAGGAGAGAGUCUUAGAGGUAUUGGACGAAGCACAGGCUCUGGCCCGUGAGGGUGACGAGUUGAUCCAGAGCUCUCACUAUGCUGAGGACUCCAUCCAGCCCAAAUGCAGCGAGCUCCGAGCCGUGAGCAAGGAACUUAGUUCCACCCUGAGAGCAAGGAAAGAUCACCUACUCAGAGCUAUGGAACUACACCACAAUCUGGAGAGGGCUGCUAAGUGGUGUGAUGAUGGCCUCUACCUCCUGGCCUCCCAACCCGUGGACAAGUGUCAGUCACAUGAAGGGGCGGAGUCAGCGCUGCAGGAGAUGGAGUGUUACCUAGAUACGGCGGGACAGAACAAACUAACUGAUCUUAGCGCCAUCUACAGUGAUUACGAGACAGUGCUCAACCAGGACUUCAGGGACCAAGUAGAGAAGGUCUUUCAGAAGCAGGUGUCCAUGCAGGAGAUGUUUGAGAAGAGGAUGGUCAGUCUGAAGAAGCUGGCAGCCAAACAGACCAGGCCAGUCCAGCCUGUGGCCCCAAGGCCUGAAGCCUUCAUCAAGUCCCCACUGUCCUCGCCAGCAAAGAGAGUGCUGGAGAAGAGUUGCUCAGAGGGAGACUCUGUGAAUGGGGUCAGCUGUAGAACAGUGGAGGGCCAGCUACAGAGCAACAGAAGUACCUCACUGUCAGAGGAGGACGAGAACCUGGCAAUCCUCAGAAAACAUGUAAUGAAUGAGCUGCUGGAGACAGAAAGGGGGUACGUGGAGGAACUGCACUGUGUGCUACAGGGCUAUGCCUCAGAGAUGGACAAUCCAGCCAUGGCCAGCCUCAUGCCCACUCCUCUGCAGAACAAGAAAGAUGUGCUGUUUGGCAACAUGCCAGAGAUCUACACCUUCCACAAGAGGACCUUUCUGAGGGAGUUAGAAGAGUACCAAGACUGCCCGGAACUUGUGGGUCGUUGUUUUCUGCAGAGGAUGACAGACCUGCAGAUCUAUGAGAAGUAUUGUCAGAAUAAACCUCGCUCUGAGAGCUUGUGGAGACAGUGCUCCGACUGCACCUUCUUCCAGGAAUGUCAGAAGAAGCUGGAACAUAAACUGGGCUUGGAUUCCUAUCUCCUGAAACCGGUCCAGAGGAUUACCAAAUACCAGCUCCUGUUGAAGGAGCUGCUAAAGUACAGUAAGGGCUGUGAGGGGUCAGAGGCCCUGCAGGAGGCACUCACCUCUAUCCUGGGAAUCUUGAAGGCUGUCAAUGACUCCAUGCACCUCAUUGCUAUCACUGGAUACGAUGGUCACCUGGGUGACCUGGGCCGGCUGCUGAUGCAGGGGUCAUUCAGCGUGUGGACGGAACACAAGAAAGGUCACGCCAAGGUCAAGGACAUGGCCCGCUUCAAGCCCAUGCAGAGACACCUGUUCCUGCACGAGAAAGCCCUGCUCUUCUGUAAGAGACGCGAAGAGAACGGGGAGGGCUAUGAGAAAGCCCCCUCCUACAGCUUCAAACAGUCCCUUAGUAUGAGUGCUGUGGGCAUCACUGAGAAUGCCAAAGGUGACCACAAGAAGUUUGAGGUCUGGUGCAACUCACGGGAGGAGGUGUACAUUGUGCAGGCCCCGACGACUGAGGUGAAAACGACGUGGGUGAACGAGAUCCGGAAGGUUCUGACAACACAGCUGGAGGCCUACAGAGAAGCCAGCCAACAGAGGCCGUCAGAUGGACUGUUCCAGGACCCUCCUACCGCUGGAGGACCUGUCAGCCUCGGUUCAUUUAGAAGAGGGGAGAGGAGCAUGAAGGUGAAGGGAGAACCCAGCAGUCCCGAUGCUAACUCCUCCCCAAAAACCAAAGACGAGGCAGUGACCAGUCCUACCUUAGACAGAGCAGCAGUGGCUAAAAAGCGUUUUACCUUGCAGGGCUUCAGCAACUUCAAAGGUUCUCCCACAAGCCCUGACCAUAAAACCAAACGUCAUGAGAUAAAGAGUGAUCCCACUCCGUUCGGCUUCAAAGGAUGGACCAAGGGCUCUCUCUCAUUGGACGCCAACGAGGAGAAUGAUGGGUACUCUAGCACUGAAGAGCCCCUCACCUCAGACCCUGAGGACGAGGGGGGAAAGAAACUGUGUGCAGGGAAGUACACAGUGGUGUCUGACUAUGAGAAGUGCAGCGCCCAGGAUCUGUCAGUCAAGAAUGGUGAAACGGUUCAGCUGAUCAAGGAAGGAGAAGAUGGCCAGUGGUUUGUGAAGAAUCUGAAGACUAAGCAGGAGGUCUGGGUGGCUGCAGCCAACCUUUACACCCUGAUUGGAGAGUCCACAUCCUGCCAGUCUCUCACCAGCUCAGAGGGCAGUGGCUCAGGGAACCUCAGCACUUCAUCCAGCUGCUGUGAGACCAACACCAGCUCCUCUGACAUCAAGCCCUGAACCCUCCACCCUUCCCUGGCCACAUCAGGCCACCCCUGGCCACCCCUGGUCACAUCAGGCCACCCCUGGUCUCGGGAGCCGAACGCUACAGCACCAGCUGGUGGCUCCCCCAACAAAGCAGUACUUUCUCCCCCACCCAAAACCCAAACUUGCCUCUCCUUACCCAGAGGCAAACCCCUGGAUUAGGAUACUAGUCAGCCACUUCAAGAAAAUACCAACUAAUGCCAAUGUUCCAGUGACCAGUCUAUAGAUAGUAGUGUCAUUGAUUAGAGAAUGGAUCUGGCGUCCUGGUGUAAUUGUAGAGACACAGUGCAGUUUGUAGAAAGCAGCUACAUCCAUCCAUCCAUCCACAGGGUAGAAAGAAGCUACAUUCAUCCAUCUAUCCAUCCAUCCACAGGAUGAGCAAGUGGAGUAUGAGAUCUGGGAUUGGUGGAGGGUGAAUUGUUCCUAGAUCUGACCGUCAGCUAUGCAAGCAGACUUGGGGCAGGCUAAUAUCAAUGGCACUACGGCAGACAAAAUGCUAUGGACAAGAUGGAACCAGACAUAACCAAUAGAACUUGAAUAACAUUCUAGAAUGAAUUAGAAUUCUAAUUCUAUGAAUCGGAUCAGAUGUCAGUGAUGACAUGGAUCGUGUUGGCCCGGUCUUGUUGUACUGUAGGCCUGUGUCACUGUUACAAUUCUCUUGGUCCACAGCAUGGUUCCUUUGAUUGUCUAGAAAUAGACAAGACUCUUUGUAUUUUUCAAAUAUAAAGUUAUUGUAAAUAAAAAGAUUAUGAAUGCAAUGAA